AUGUUUGGUGCUUUCGUAUUCUCGGCUAUAGAUGAUUUUAUGGAUAAGGACAAUUUCAUCAGCAAGUGCUUCUUUAUCUUCACAACAUUGACAACAAUAGGUUACGGCGAUUUGGCACCUAAAAAUGCCCUCAGCAAAACUUUCUGCUUGAUUUAUGUUGGAGUUGGUGUUCCGCUGCUAUUGCUGGCUUUGGCAAAUUUUGGACAAUUAUUUGCUGAAUUUUUCUGGACCUGCAUGAUGAGCAUAAAAUCAGACAUCCAUGUCGAUCCCGAAUCACGGCGUAAACUACCCAUAGCUGUGGUUAUCGCACUUCUCUUGAUACAUACCAUGUUUGGAGCUGUAAUCUUCAGCUUCUGGCUGCAUAAACUUCCUUUUGUCACUGCUAUCUAUUUCAGCUUUGUCUCAAUAACAACCAUAGGUUUUGGUGAUGUCAUUGUCAAUCCGAGAAACAAUCUCGGCACUGCUGUAUUGAUAGCCUACCUAAUAAGUGGAAUCAUCAUCAUGUCAAUGUUCAUCACUUCCAUAGUUCAUUACUUGCAUUUUAUCUAUUAUCUGGGCAGAAAACCCACUACUUUUCGACAAAAUCUGAUCUGGUUCGGAGGGGAGAAGAUCACGGUUCAAGAAUUUGUGAAGCUCGCAGCAUCAAGUUUCGAAGUCCCUCCACGACAGCUUCGGAAUACGAUAAAAAACCUGGACAACAUUAUUGCACUGGCGCUAGACGACCAACUGCGAAAAAGGAGUAAAAUAAUGUUUGAUAGCGGCACAUUUCUGCUUGACAAGACAAAUGAAAAAAGGAAAUUAAAACACUCUUUGAUAGCGACAUCUAGUCUCAGCCGAUUAGCUCUACAACGUCAUGAAAAGGAUAUCAAAGCACUCAAAGUGAUCCACAAUCACGUCAAUAGCUCCAAGAGCAAGAAGCCAAACUCGGAACGGCAGAACUCGCGGCGCGUCGGCAAGGCUUUAGCUGCCAUCUUCAGCGGCGUAUUCGCCCUAGUAAAUUUUAUGUUUGCCUUCUACAAUCUGUCCCGGAUAGCAAUCGGACUUGCACGAAGGUUGAAAGGGAUGACGACGAAGAUCAACCUUGCCGAAAAAGCACUGAAAGAACGGCAAUUACCAUCCAACCUUAUGCGUAGGAGCAUUUAG